CAUAAAAGGUGUAUUUUUACGAACGGUUACGGUAAAAUUUGUAGAAAAACAAAUUCAUAAUUAGAUUUUAUGUUGCUUUGGAAAAUAAAAUGCUAAACAUAGUUUUCUGGCUUUAUAAAUAAAAAAUAAUCAACAAGUAACAUAAAAAUUUAAUUAAUAAUUACUUUUGUACUAAUAAUACCUAGUAAAAUUAAAAUAUUGAAUUACAUACUUAUGUAUGUAUGCACAUAAAUUUUAUUAUUGUAACGCGACAUUUUUUUUCGAAAGUGUGAACUGUGAGUAAAUAAAUGUAUUAAAGAGAAUUAAAGUAAUUUGUUUUUGUAUCCUUAAAAAUGUGCCUAUAUGCUAAUUCUAACUGAUUCUAAAUAAUGCAGAUUUUUUGAAUUUAGAAUUUUUUUUUAUUAUUGGUUUCAUGAAGAAUUUUAAUCUGCAGUGAAAAUAAACUUCUAGGGAAUACACACUUUAAUACAAAGUUUACUAGAACGAUUUUUGGAUUUUAUUGUACGAAUAUUAAAGUUUUUUUUUAAAGAAUUUCACAAAGAUGAUAACGAAAAUUUACUAAUUUUUAUUUUGAGUAACACAAAUAUUGUAAAAAAUAUGUAAAAUCUAUAAAACUAUAAAGUUUUUCCAUUGUACUUGCAAAAAUUUAUAUCUACAUAAAUAUUGACUCUAACCUCAACUUUUUUAUUGAACCUGGCGUUAGUAAAGUGAAACAGGUUAGCACGAUAAAAAAAAAUAUAAAACAUACCUAACUAUAGCCACUAUUUUGUUUUGGAAUGCAAAUAAAAUUUUGUUUAAAAUUAAGCAAAGCAAUAAACUAAUUAAAAUUUUCUAAUAAAAUAUUAGCAAUAACUUAAACAAUAAGCAAUUAUAUAUUAAAAUUUUAAAUACGAAGUUUUUUUUAAACUAAAAGGGCAUAAUGGAGGUAUGCUGUUUGAAGAUGGCAUCCAGAUGCAAGCCCACACGACCAGUAUUAAUGGAUGUAACUCGGAUACCAGCGGUCAGUUCAUCACAUGAUUGUGGUUCAUUAUCACGAGUUGUUAUGGUCCGGAAAACUGAUCAGCGGUUAAUUAACCACAAAAAACCUCAAGGCGAUCCACAAUGUGAAAUUGUCACAUUUGAAACGAUUCAAACGUAUAAAGGACAUAAACCGGAUCGUACAGUUAUAACUAAAGAGAGACGUGAUUUUAAUUCAACAUCAGAUGUAAGAAAAUCACCUAGUGUAGUACGUUUAAUGAGACGUAGUGUAACACCACAUAGUGAAGGUUUAUCAUUGGCGGUUUCAACAAAUGAUGUUAGUUUUCAUGAACGUCGUUCAGUUUCAUUUAGCGGUAGUAGUAAAAUUAAUGGUACACAAUUAAGUUUAAGACAAAAAUCACCAUCGCCAGCAAAACGCUCUAGUGGUUUCGGUGAAUUUGAAAUUGAAUGCCUUAAAGCUCAUAAUGAAUUUCGUAGUAAACAUGGUUGCCCUCCAUUAAAAUUAAAUUCACGUUUAUGUAAAUUUGCUGAAGAAUGGGCUAAAAAUUUAGCAAGUCGUGCUAAUCCAACACAUCGUAGCAAUUCACCAUAUGGUGAAAAUAUAUUUUGUACAUGGAGUUCAUCACCAAAUGGAAUAUUUGUUGAUGGUAGAGAGCCAGUUGAACAUUGGUAUGCAGAAGCUGAUCUUCAUCCAUAUGGUAGAGAACCGACUACAUUAAGAACUGGUCAUUUUACACAAGUUAUUUGGAAAGAUAGCCGUGAACUAGGUGUUGGACAAGCAAGAAGUAAAUCAAAUCAAAUUGUUGUUGUAUGUAAUUAUGAUCCGCCGGGAAAUUUUAUUGGAAGUUUUACUGAGAAUGUUCCUCCAAUUGGUGGUUUUCCAAUAGCACCAAAAAUUGUUAUCGAUAAAGUACCUGAUUCAACUGAUACAUCAUUAUCAUCAAGUGGUUAUAGCGAUGAGAUGAGCGAUUUUGCUCUUAGAAUUUUAAAAUUUCAUAAUAUGUAUAGAAGAAAACAUUCAGUGCCAGAACUAAAAUUAAGCAUUGAUUUAUGCAAUUUAUCACAAGAUUGGGCAGAACAAUUAGCUAAAGAAGAUCGUUUCGCUUAUCGACCGAAUUGUGAUUAUGGUGAAAAUAUUUAUUGUUUAUGGUCAUCAGAUCGUAAUGCAAAAGCAAAUCCUAAAGAUGUUUGUAGAUCAUGGUAUGAAGAAAAUCGUGAUCAUAAUUAUUUAGUUGAACCAAAAGGAAUAUUUAAAGCUGGCCAUUUUACACAAAUGAUAUGGAAAUCAACAAAAGAAUUAGGUGUUGGUUUAGCCAAAACACGAAAAGGAAAAGUUCUAGUUGUAUGCAAUUAUGAUCCAAGAGGAAAUAUUGUUGGUGAUUUUUUAGCAAAUGUUCCAAGACCUCAUUAAAUACUAAAUUUUUAAAGAGUAAAAAAAAAAAGAUUGAUAGAAAUGCCUAAUACGAAUAAGUGUUGAAAAAAAAAAAAAAAUAAUGAAAAUUUUGCCAGUUAAAUUUUAUAGAAAAGAAAUUUAAAAUCGAAUCGAGUUUUUAGAAAUAAUAUAAUGAAAAUAUUUUCAAAAUUAAUAUUUCAUUUUAGGUCAUAAUUAAAAGAAAUUAAUUGUAGUUUAAAUUAAAACAGAAAAAAAAAAUUAUAAAUAUAUUAAAAAUUAAAAUUCUAAAUUGAACUGAUUGACGAUGACAGGAUGAUGUUAGUUGGAAUGCUUUUUUUUUUUUUUUAAAUAUUAUUAAACUUUUGGAAAUGUUAAUUUUAGGGGAGGCUGCAAAUAUUUUUUUUUUGUUAUAUUUUAUAAUAUAAAUUUGUUUUUAAAUUAUUUUAAUUGAAGAAUAAAAUUGUUUACUUAUUUUUUUUUUGUUAUUUUUAUGUUUUUAAUAAGAUUCACAUCAUCUUAUUUAUCAAAUCAUAUUAUUUUAUAUUUAUAUAUAAAUAUGUACAUAUUUGUAAACAAUUCUAGUCCUUUAAGG